AUGUCGCAACUCAAUAAUAGCUCUUCGUCGACCGACGAAGAUGUGGUGGUUGACCUCUCGAAAAGAGAACAAGAAGGCCUUGUUGUUGCCAAGAGUGAAGCUCGCUCGGUUGUGUCUUCGCAGUCGAUCAGUGACCAUUCACCGGAGGAAAAAGGCUUCAGAGUAGUGACCUCUAGAGAUGCAGAUGUCACACUCCAGUUUUUGAGGGAAAAUGACCAUUUGGUCGAGCCCAUCACACCAGAGGAAGAACGUAAGCUGUCCAGGAAAGUGAUGUGGAUCGUGGUAGGACUCACCGCGCUCAUCAAUUUGUUGCUGUAUGCAGACAAGGCAGUAAUGUCCUAUGCGGCGAUCUUCACGUUUUUCAAGGACACCGGACUCACCCAGAACAGGUACAACAAUGCAAACACGCUGUUCUACGCUGGCUACAUCAUCGGACAGGGAAACUUGUACUUUAUCCAGAAGUUCCCGCUAUCUCGCGUAAUGCUGGUCAUGACGUCGCUUUGGACUAUCAUCAUCUUUUUGCACUGUACUCUCCACAAUUACCAGGGCGUGUAUGCGUUGCGGUUUUUCUUAGGGUUCGUGGAGUCGAUCGCAGUGCCCUCCCUGAACACCACAAUGGGUCAAUUUCUGACGCCCAAAGAAAAAUCAGCGACAGCGCCAGUAUUCUACGCUGCGUGCAUGGGUGUCACAAUUCCGGUCGGUUUCAUUGCGUAUGGUGUUCUCAACGUCACCAAUCCCCCCAUCGCGGGAUGGAAAAUCUUCACCAUUAUUAUCGGAGGCUGCACAUUCCUACUCACCAUCCUGAUUUUCUUCGUAUACCCCAGCAAUCCUACUGACGCUGUGUUCCUGUCGACCAAAGAACGUGUAUGGACUAUCAGAAGGGUACAAGAAACAACAGGCUCUUCGAUCGAACAGAAGACGUUUAAGCCAUACCAGGCCAAAGAAGCCCUCAAAGAUCCCAUCAGUUGGCUUUUCGGAGCCUUCUUUUUGUUGCAACAGCUUGCCAAUAACUUGACGUAUCAGCAAAACCUGUUGUUCGAGAGUCUGGGAAACAUCACAAACUUGGAUGCUACUUUAGUAUCUGUAGCGUCUGGCGGCUUCGCUGUUGUUUGUGCAAUCAUUGCCACUACUUUCCUUCUGUACAAAAAGAACUACGUGGGCUUCUCGGUUGCCGCCUGGAGUUCCAUCUCGUUUGUCGGUUCGAUCGGAGCAGCCGCAUUGCCAUGGCACAAUUCCAUCGGACUCUUGGCUUUCGUUUGUCUUGCCUCUCCCGUCUUUGGCAUUCCAUGGAUUUUGAUGUUUAGCUGGAACUCGCAGACCUGCGCUGGAUACACCAAGAAGUUGACUAGAAAUGGUAUCGUCAUGUUCUGGUAUGGAGUUUCGAAUUUGAUUUCACCACAAUUGUGGCGAGGAAAAGAUGCACCUCGUUACAUUCCCGCGUGGAUCGUUCAAAUAGUGCUGUCAUUUUUCUUAGCUCCUUCCUUGGCUAUUGUCAUUUGGUUCAUUCUACAUCGUAGAAACAAGCAGAGACUCGCCAAUCUGAACUCUUCUAAGAAACAUGUAGGUUUUAUCGAAGCUGAUGGCGAAAGAGUGGAGACAAACGUUGCUCUUCUGGAUCUGACCGAUCUUGAGAACGAAGAGUUCAUCUACCCUCUCUGA